AUGGAUCACGAAACGAGCAAGUCGAGGUCUUGGAUACCGGACUUCCUGAGGACAUCGAAGAAAGAUACCGACGCCCCAGAUGAGCGGAGUCCCCUCCUUCCAGACUCAAAUCAUGAAGAGUGGUCUAGUGGCGAAACCUACGAGCUGGAUGAUGAAGAAGCAUCGAAUUUCCAACUCGUCCUGCGCGAGUUCUGGAUAUUGCUAAAGGGAUCACUACCGGUGGUUGUGGCAUACGCCCUUCAAAACUCUCUACAGACCGUAUCAGUUCUCAUCGUCGGACGUCUCUCGCCAGAAGCAUUGGCUACAGCUGCCUUUUCAUACAUGUUCGCCAUGGCUACUGGUUGGCUCAUCGCUCUUGGUGGCACGACAGCCAUCGAUACACUAGCGUCCGCCAGCUUUACUGGAAGCAAAAACCGCCACGACUUGGGGACCAUCCUCCAGCGCUCAUUCGUCGUCCUCUCUUUAUUCUACAUACCCGUCGCUAUCCUCUGGUUUUGCUCUGAACCACUUUUCAAAGCUCUCGGCCAGGAAGACUACAUAGCGCGCGACUCGGCGAGAUUCCUGUCUGUGCUGGCUCCGGGCGGUAUUGGCUACAUAUUUUUUGAGGCGCUGAAAAAGUACAUGCAAGCUCAAGAAAUCAUGCGACCUGGAACGUACGUUUUGCUCAUCACUUCUCCCUUGAGCGCCGGUUUGAACUACCUCUUUGUGUAUAACUUCAAAAUGGGCCUUCUCGGUGCACCUCUUGCUACGGGCAUCGCAUACUGGGCGUCGUUCUUCUUACUCCUCGCCUAUGCACGCUUUGUGAAUGGGUGGCAAUGCUGGGGAGGUUGGGAUCGCAAGUGCCUACAAAACAGUUGGGUAUUUGCACGCCUGGCUUUCCUCGGAGUCAUACACGUUGGUACCGAGUGGUGGGCAUUUGAGAUUGUUGCGCUCGUUGCAGGCAAGCUUGGCACCAUACCGCUGGCGGCGCAGAGUGUUAUCAUGACUACAGACCAAGUCAUGAACACUAUUCCCUUUGGAGUCGGCGUUGCCACCUCUUCGCGCGUCGGAAACCUCCUCGGAUCGCGAGACGCAAAAGGUGCAGCGAGAGCGGCUAAUACUGCGGCCGUACUGAGUAUGGUUCUCGGGGCGCUCGUGUUGGCCGUCCUCAUGGGAGUCAAGGACUUUUACGCCAAGAUUUUCAACGACGACGUAGAAGUCAUCAAGCUCACUGCAAAGGUAAUGCCUUAUGUUGCGCUGUUUCAGAUUGCAGAUGGACUCAACGGCAGCUGCGGAGGUGCUCUUAGAGGAAUGGGCAGACAGCACAUUGGAGCAACAGUCAACAUUGUAAGCUACUAUUGUGGAGCUUUGCCAUUGGGUAUCUGGCUUGCAUUCCACGGUUGGGGACUUGGAGGCUUGUGGGUUGGACAGUGCAUCGCCCUCUACCUCGUUGGGUUUGCGGAGUGGGCGAUCGUUGCUUGGAGUAACUGGGAUUAUCAAGUCAAGAAGGCAUUUGACAGGAUGGAUUCUGACGACAGGGCGGAGAUUGGCAUUUCUCCGGAGGAAGCCACGCCGAUACACAGAUAG